CAAGAAUUCUGUGACUUUAAAAUAGUAUCCUAUAACCUGUGUUCAUAAUCAAAUAACUUCUCAUCCCAGGUGUACUUUCGAGGAAAAUGGUUUUCUAUUUGGAGCAUGUGCAGACGGGCGAUCGGGUUUUUUUGGAGGAAGGUGAAAAUACCAUAGGACGCGACCCCGACUGCAGCAUAAAUAUGCAUUACUAUUAUAUGUCGCGAAAGCAUGUCCAUAUCUUAGUGGAAAACGACCGUGUUUUCAUAAAGGAUCUGGAGUCCCGCAAUGGCACAUUUAUAAAUUUUCUUGGGAUCCGCAUUGACAAAGAAUAUCGUCAGAUAUUCGUCGACGAUGUACUUCUAUUCGGUGAUAUUGUGGCUCACCAUUUGGUACACAAAUACCCUAAGUUGGGCAUUUUCACUCUAAUGGAGGAGGAGCAUGACUCUGAAGAUUCUGUGGGCAGUAGCCCAAAUCGCGCGGACGGAAGCCCAAGUUCUGAGGGAACUAACCCAGAAUCCCAGGAGUAAGAAUGUAAGGGUGUCUUGGAGUUAGGAAGGAUGAGCAAUUGGAAAUCCGGCAUAGACCAUAGACACACCAGCAACAGAUAAUGCAUACAUACACAUAACACAUUUUCUGGAACAUGUAACACACCAGCAACACCUAAUGCAUACAUACAUCUAAUACUUUAACUGGAACAUCAAAUACACCAGCAACACCUAAUGCAUACAUAUACCUAACACUUUAACUGGAACAUCAAACACACCAGCAACAGCUAAUGCAUACAUAUAUAUAACAUUUCAU